CGAACUUAAUCCUAGUGCAUUGGACACGUGCGCCCGCGCAUAUCGGUCGUUUGAGACCUUCGCUUUAACAUAGUUCGUUAGUUUAGUUCGAUCGUGGAGUACACUGCGGAGGAGUUGUUGUGCGAAAACAAAAAUUUAUAACGAAAAUUAUAAGAAGUGAUUUUUUUUUAAAUCGAAAGUUGAGUUUUGUUAAUUAGAAAGUGAUGAUUUUUUGUCAACAAUUCGGAAAAACUCUUAAUUGUGGUUAAGGUGUCAAUAUUUUUUUUAUUUCAAGAAAACAACACAACAAAAUACAGAAAAUGGCCGAUGCUCCGGUUUUCACGUCCCGCGAGAAGUUGCGCAUCAACCGCAACAUCUUGGUGCUCGGCUUUGCGUUCAUGGUGCACUUCACGGCGUUCCACGGCACGGCCAACCUGCAGAGCUCCGUCAAUAGCGACGCGGGCGCAGGCACGUUCACACUGGCCGCCAUAUACUUCUCACUCAUACUGUCCAAUAUACUGCUGCCGGCAGUCGUUAUAAAAUGGCUCGGCUGCAAGUGGACGGUGGCGCUGUCAUUCAUCUCGUACAUGCCUUUCAUAGUGGCGCAGUUCUACCCGCGCCUCUACACUCUGGUGCCAGCCGGCAUGAUGGUGGGCUUCGGUGGAGGCCCGCUGUGGUGUGCCAAGUGCACAUACCUCUCUGUGGUGGCAGAACCUUACGCGAAGCUCUCCGGUGUGUCAGUAGAUGUGCUGGUGAUGCGUUUCUUCGGGCUUUUUUUCAUGUUCUACCAGAUGGCGCAGAUCUGGGGGAAUCUCAUAUCCUCAUCUAUUUUGUCGUCUUCGUUGGGCGAAGAUUCUUAUUCAAAUGUGACGUCACUUCUGGAGAGCUUGCCGAGUAAUGUGACCCUGCCUUCGAUGGAUGUGGGAGCAUCAUGCGGGGUCAACUUCUGCAGUGGGAGCGCGUCACAUGAAAAUACUAAUUUGGAACCACCUUCUCCCCUCAAGAUCCAAGUGAUUGCUGGCGUAUACUUGACUUGUAUGGCUUUCGCAGUUAUACUGGUUGCUCUCGGAGUAGAUUCACUGACCAGGUACACAGCUGGUCGUAACACAACAUGCACUGGUAAAACAGGUCUGCGCCUGCUGGCGGUUACCCUGCGUCAGCUGCGACACAAGUACCAGUUGUUGCUGCUGCCAGUCAUCGGGUACUUGGGCGCCGAGCAGGCCUUCAUGGCUGCUGACUUUACUCAGGCGUUCGUGGGUUGCGCGUAUGGUAUAAGCAACAUCGGCUACGUGAUGAUUUGCUUUGGUGUUUUCAACGCAAUAGCAGCCCCACUUGCAGGGGCUAUCGUGAAAGUCACAGGAAGAUUUCCAGUUAUGGUCACUGCACUGCUGUUAAAUCUUUGCUUGCUGACGGCGUUGCUGUUGUGGAGGCCUGAUCCCCAGCAGUGGUUAGUGUUCUACGCGCUGGCUGCCGUGUGGGGCACUGCGGAUGCUGUGUGGCUCGUGCAAGUUAACGCCUUGUCUGGGAUACUAUUCCCGGGAGAUGAAGAAGCUGCGUACUCAAACUUCAGGUUGUGGGAGGCAACCGGCAGUGUGCUUUCCUAUGCUACAGCGCCCUACUUAUGUGUUAAGACCAGGUUGAUGGUACUUUUAGGACUCCUGCUGAUUGGUUUUACCGGCUACAGCACCAUCGAGUUGAUGGAGUACCGGGCGAAGAAGGCUCACCACCUCGAGAGGAACUUCGAGCUCGUUGACGAAAAGUAGAAAAUCGUGUAAAGAUAUAUUUUUACUGGGUUUUUUAAUGUAAAGACACAGCGUCCGAAAAUAAGUUUCACUUAAAAAACAUCACUUUGAUGCUCUACCACUCCUCCAGUAUGUAAGUAUAAUAAGAGAACUAGGAUAAUAUACAUAAAAGAACAAAUAUAUGAAUAGUUUCAAUAAAAUCAU